AUGGCUGAUUGGAAUCCACCACCUCAUCCUCGCAGCCGUAAUGAGCCGGAGCGUUAUGGUAACCUCCAGUCAACCAGCACCAGCCGGCCUGGAACCGAUGGACCACGGUCAAAGAUUGGAUCCAGGGCUGGAUCAACAGCCAGUAUAUUUAAUGGUAAUUUAGAAGUUUUGGAUUCCAAUAUCAAAGAUUUUAGUAAUGAAUCAGGUUCUAAAUUUUCAGAAGUAUUGAAAAAAGAAUGUCAUCUUUUAGAAGUUGUUAAUGCACAAUACAAAGAACUUUAUAAGGUUAUCAGGCAAGAUAACAAAGAUGUUUGUAGUUUAAGCAAAAAAAUUCAAGAAUACUUUGAAUGA